AUGCGAAUGAAUGUGAGGGCAAACCCUGUGUCAAUGCCAACUCCUGCAGGAACCUGAUUGGCAGCUACUAUUGUGACUGCAUUACUGGCCACAACUGUGAUAUAAAUAUUAACGACUGUCGUGGACAAUGUCAGAAUGGAGGAUCCUGUCGGGACUUGGUUAAUGGUUAUCGGUGUAUCUGUUCACCUGGCUAUGCAGGAGAUCACUGUGAGAAAGACAUCAAUGAAUGUGCAAGUAACCCUUGCAUGAAUGGGGGUCAUUGCCAGGAUGAAAUCAAUGGAUUCCAAUGUCUGUGUCCCGCUGGUUUCUCAGGAAACCUCUGUCAGCUGGACAUAGAUUAUUGUGAGCCAAAUCCUUGCCAGAAUGGUGCCCAGUGCUUCAAUCUUGCUAUGGACUAUUUCUGUAACUGCCCCGAAGAUUACGAAGGGAAGAACUGCUCCCACCUGAAAGAUCACUGCCGCACAACUCCUUGUGAAGUAAUAGACAGCUGUACCGUGGCAGUAGCUUCUAACAGCACACCGGAAGGGGUUCGUUACAUUUCUUCAAAUGUCUGUGGUCCUCACGGAAAAUGCAAGAGCCAAGCAGGUGGAAAAUUCACCUGUGAAUGCAACAAAGGAUUCACUGGCACCUAUUGUCACGAGAAUAUUAAUGACUGCGAGAGCAACCCCUGUAAAAAUGGUGGCACUUGUAUCGAUGGCAUCAACUCCUACAAAUGUAUUUGUAGUGAUGGAUGGGAAGGAACAUAUUGUGAAACAAAUAUUAACGACUGCAGUAAAAACCCUUGCCACAAUGGAGGAACUUGCCGAGACUUGGUCAACGACUUCUUCUGUGAAUGUAAAAAUGGGUGGAAAGGAAAAACUUGCCACUCCCGGGACAGUCAGUGCGAUGAAGCAACAUGCAACAACGGAGGAACGUGUUAUGACGAGGGGGACACUUUCAAGUGCAUGUGUCCUGCAGGAUGGGAAGGAGCCACUUGUAAUAUUGCGAGGAACAGCAGCUGCCUGCCAAACCCCUGUCAUAACGGUGGUACCUGUGUAGUCAGCGGCGAUUCUUUUACUUGCGUCUGCAAGGAGGGCUGGGAAGGACCCACGUGUACUCAGAACACAAACGACUGCAGUCCUCAUCCUUGUUAUAAUAGUGGCACUUGUGUGGAUGGAGACAACUGGUACCGCUGUGAAUGUGCUCCAGGCUUUGCAGGUCCUGACUGCAGGAUCAAUAUCAACGAAUGCCAGUCUUCACCCUGUGCCUUUGGAGCUACGUGUGUAGACGAAAUUAACGGGUACCGUUGCAUUUGUCCACCGGGUCGUAGUGGUCCAGGAUGCCAAGAAGUUACAGGAAGGCCUUGCAUUACCAGUGUUCGAGUAAUGCCAGAUGGGGCUAAGUGGGAUGACGACUGUAAUACCUGUCAGUGUUUGAAUGGAAAAGUCACCUGUUCUAAGGUUUGGUGUGGUCCUCGACCUUGUGUCAUACAUGCCAAAGGUCAUAACGAAUGCCCAGCUGGACAUGCCUGCGUUCCUGUUAAAGAAGACCACUGUUUCACUCAUCCCUGUGCUGCGGUGGGUGAAUGUUGGCCUUCGAAUCAACAGCCUGUGAAGACCAAAUGCAAUUCUGAUUCUUACUACCAAGACAACUGUGCCAACAUCACCUUUACCUUUAAUAAAGAAAUGAUGGCACCAGGACUUACCACAGAGCACAUUUGCAGUGAAUUGAGGAAUCUGAAUAUUCUGAAGAAUGUUUCUGUUGAAUAUUCCAUCUAUAUUACCUGUGAGCCUUCACACUUGGCAAAUAAUGAAAUACAUGUUGCUAUUUCUGCAGAAGAUAUAGGGGAAGAUGAAAACCCAAUCAAAGACAUUACAGAUAAGAUUAUUGACCUUGUCAGUAAGCGCGAUGGUAACAACACACUAAUUGCUGCAGUCGCGGAAGUCAGAGUACAACGGCGACCGGUUAAAAACAAAACAGAUUUCUUGGUGCCAUUACUGAGCUCGGUCCUAACAGUGGCCUGGAUCUGUUGCCUGGUAACUGUUUUUUAUUGGUGCAUUCGAAAGCGCAGAAAGCAGAGCAGCCAUACUCACACGGCGUCUGAUGACAACACUACCAACAACGUAAGGGAGCAGCUGAAUCAGAUAAAAAACCCCAUUGAGAAACACGGCGCAAAUACUGUCCCCAUUAAAGACUACGAAAACAAAAACUCUAAAAUCGCCAAAAUAAGGACGCACAAUUCAGAGGUGGAGGAAGACGACAUGGACAAACACCAGCAGAAGGCCCGAUUUGCCAAGCAGCCAGCAUACACUUUGGUAGACAGAGAUGAAAAGCCCCCCAACAGCACACCUACAAAACACCCGAACUGGACAAAUAAACAAGACAACAGAGACUUGGAAAGUGCACAAAGCCUAAAUAGAAUGGAGUACAUUGUAUAGCAGACAGCGGGGUGCUGCCAUGCAGGGCCUUUAAGUAUCAUUAUAAAGGCACUCGAGAGCUUGUAGUUCUUCAACUGUUGUGUAAUAUUUGAGUCUAAGGCUAUUAUUUACUUAGAAUCCCUGUGUUAAUUUAAGUUUUGACAAGCUGGCUUACACUGGCAAUGAUAGUUGCUGUGGUUGGCUGGAAUACCAAGUGCUGCAUUUCACAUCUAUGCAAAACUAGUCAAAAGUGCCCUCUUGUAAAUUCAGCUGUAGCUGAUACAUCAUGGAAACGUUUCAUAAGGUAUUACAUAGCCUUAUUACUCUUCUGGAAUGUUAAUUUUUUUUUUUCUGCCAGAUGUCCCAAUUUAUACAGUUUCUUUAGAAUAAUACAUUUUAUUUAUAUUUAUUGAAUUUGAGUUUUUUGUAUAUUGGUUUUAUGGUGACGUACAACUAGUUCUGUAUUUGAAAGUGCCUUUGCAGCUCGGAACCACAGCAACUAUCAAAAAUAAGUUUAUUAUUUAUUUUUUUAUUGUAUUUUUGUUGGGGGCGGGUGGGGGGAACUUGUCAGCAGUUGCUGGUAAAUGAAGAAUUUAAAGAGGAAAAUGUGUCAAAAAUAGAAGUUUGUAUAGAUAUGUAAAUAAUUCUUUUUUAUUAAUCACUGUGUAUAUUUGAUUUAUUAACUUAAUAAUCAAGAGCCUUAAAAUAUCAUUCCUUUUUAUUUAUAUGUAUGUGUUUAGAGUUGAAGGUUUUUGAUAGCAUUGUAAGCUUGUGGCUUCUCUAUUUUGAAUUUAUUUUCUUGUUACAUGUUGCCUAUAUGCCAAAACUAAGGUGUUCUAAAAUAGUUUAUUUUUAAUAGGAUGGGCUUUCAUGCCUUGAUGCUGGUUUUUGUACAAUGUCAAACGUUUGAAACACCUUCCAUAGUAUCACUUUAAGACUAUUUGUAAGUACUGACUGAGGCAGUUUAGAUAAUUAGACUAGAAAAUUUUUUUUGCUGCUUUAGACUUGAAAAACGAGUGACAGGCAGAUAAUCUGCUAAGAAGCAGUUUAAGGGAACAAAACUGAGCUAUUACUUUAUGUAGAUGAAAUGUGAGUGGUUGCAUGUAAUUAAAAUAUCAAAUUAGCGUGUGAAGUUGG